AUUCACACGUUGCGGGCACGACAUCACUCUAAUUCACAGCACAGAAUGGAAGCUGAACAAUUUCUGCCGGGUUGCGCCGAAAAAUACCGGCCGUUCGAGACGGACCCAUUGGGUGUCGCGGCCUGGCAGCAGGCAGCAACUGUACAAGAGCCUGAGGACACGUUGACAAAAUCAUUGAUCCCGAAUCAAACGCCAGAAACCAGUCAAUCGACUCGCGAUUGUUGCUCGUCUGGCACCCUCCAUCGCAGAGUAGACACCGUUAUGGAAGAGAACAAUCGCAUGCGUCAAUCAGUCACCAGGAUGGCUUUCGUUAUGACUCAGUGGAUUCAUGACAAUCAAGAGAAGAACGAACAAAUCACAUUACUCAUUGACAAACUGAAAGAAUCUGAACUGAAACGUAAGGCCUUGUGUCAAGAUUUCGAAGCCCUGAAAAUUCUGUCUGCCAUUCGCGAAUCCGAAUGGGAAGAAGAACGGGACCGGUUGGCAACGUUUCAGGGGAACCACCGGGAGAAAACGAGUAAGCAAGUCAUUUUGAAGCUACAAGAAGAGAACUGGAAAUUACGCAAAACUCACUCGAGCGCCUUUGUCUGUCGACAAUCGAUUUCCCGUUGAAUGAAUCACGUUCGAUUACAACGUCCUCGGAAAAAAAUUUGCACAACGUCGAAUCAAGAUGCCCCACCCAAGUGAUUUUUUAAUUGAAUAUCAUCAGUCCUUCGCAAAAUGAAAAAAAACAGUCUCCUGUUUUAAAAACCCCGAUAAAAAUUGAACAAGCGUUCCCCCCGUCCUCGAUGGUUUUAGAGAAAUGUCGAAAGCAGAGCAAGUGUUGUUACACAAGAACCUGAAGAGAAAAAAAAGUGUGCAAACCUUGUGCUAAUCGGUUACCGUGCAGAGCAUGGGGUACUUGUAAACAUUGGCGAUUUCUUAUUAAGGUCAUUUCAAGGGGAAAAAGCAAUAAAAUUGAAAACUAUCGGUGAAGGUGCAAUUGUCUCAUUAUAUACACACGCUUAU